AUGCCUCCUUCUAUUAAAAAACCUCGCACCUCUCCAAGAAAACAGGUCCGACCUUUCAAAAAGUGUCCUCAUUGUGCUCUGUUGAAUCGUACCAAAUGCAAACAUCGUCGCUCGAUUGAAAAAUAUUUUGGAACUGAUUUUCAAUUUCCAAAUAAACAGGGUUUGUUCAUGGAUGCCGUUCUCAAAUUUAAGAGGGAGAGAAUCGUUGAAAUUGCCAUCAAGGCUGAUAAUUAUAUUAUAAACUUUUUUAAACAAGUUGCUACUUCUUUCAAAGGAUUAAAAGAUUAUUCCUUCCUUGAGGAGUGGUUUAUAAGAAGAUUAGAAGAAGAAAUAUAUUCAUUGUCAAUUGAAAAGGAAGUGAUUGAUCUCACCACUGAAGACGAUGCCAAAGAAUCGAUCGAAGAGCCCUUUGAUGAAGAUGGUGAAACAGUCCCCGAACCAACCAUCGAGUAUCAACAAGAGUUCCUUCAAUCCCAAUGA